AUGGCGCCUCCUCGUCAACGUGCUCGCACACCGAAGACCCCAACGAAUGAACAGCUAGCCCAGAAUCUGCAACACCUCACGCAGACCAUGCAGACCCUCAGUGAAGCUCUGUUGCACAACAAUCAUCCUGCUCCGCCACCACAGCCUGCUGGGCAUAGAGAUGUUGGACGCCUUGUAUCGGGCCAUAGACCACUGAUGUUUGCCGGUGAGGAAGACCCUGUCGUGCUUGAGGAGUGGGUGCGAACCUUUGACAAGAUCUUCUCGGUUGUUGGGUGCCCCGAGGAGCAUCGAGUGGAGUUAGCAUUGCUCUACUUCAGCCAUGAAGCUGACUUGUGGUGGGUGCAUGAGGGACCCGCUUGCCUUGAGGAGCCCGACUUCGACUGGACGGCCUUGAAGGACCGGAUGCGAGAGCGGUUCUACCCGACACAUGUUCGAGCUGCUAUGUAUGAGGAGUUUCUUCACCUCCAACAGGGUUCUUCGACGGUGGUUGAGUACCACAAGAGGUUUUUGGAGCUCGCUCGCUUCGCUAGGAUGCUUGUCCCCACCGAGCUCGCAAAAGUUGAGAAGUUCGUAGCCAAUUUGAACUACGAGGCUCGCAAGGCUUUAACCGUGAGCAAGCCGAAGACCUUAAAAGAGGUUUAUCUGAGUGCUGCUGACCUGUACCGAGUUCAACAGUUGCAACGGGGAUCGUUUGAGCUUGCUAGAAAGAGGACCGAGAGUGGUGGAUCUUCCCACUUCAAGAAGCCAAGGCAGGAUUUCCGAGCCAAGACCGCACCUCCCCCACCUCAAGGACCAACUCGAGUGGAGCCCGGGAGUCAAGCUAAGACGUUCGCGUGCCGGAAGUGUGGAAAGGAGCAUGCAGGAAAAGAUUGUAGUGGGUAUGCACUCCGAUGCUUCAAAUGCGGGAAGAGAUGGCAUAAGGUUGCUGUAUGCCCCCAGCAAGCUAACCAAAGGGCGUUGCGACCUAGCUCGGGACCCAAUGGAGCAUCGGGAGGGAGUUCAAGCCAAGGAGCAGCUGGAGCUAGACCUUCGGGUCGUGUGUUUGUGAUGGGACGAUCCCAGGCUGAGACGGAGGGGUUGGUUGAGGACGAGAUGGCAGCUAACCCUUUUUCCUAA